AUGACAUCCUCUAAGUCAUUAUCUAAAGGUAUCAUACAGAUCAAACAGUGUACUGAUGGAAACAGAGAUAAUCCUGUACAGGUGUUACAAUGUAUACUGUCCACUGGAGAUUAUAUCACGUCUUCUAAGUCAUUAUCUAAAGGUAUCAUACAGAUCAAACAGUGUACUGAUGGAAACAGAGAUAAUCCUGUACAGGUGUUACAAUGUAUACAGUCCACUGGAGAUUAUAUGACAUCCUCUAAGUCAUUAUCUAAAGGUAUCAUACAGAUCAAACAGUGUACUGAUGGAAACAGAGAUAAUCCUGUACAGUCCACCAGAGAUUAUAUCACGUCCUCUAAGUCAUUAUCUAAAGGUAUCAUACAGAUCAAACAGUGUACUGAUGGAAACAGAGAUAAUCCUGUACAGGUGUUACAAUGUAUACUGUCCACUGGAGAUUAUAUCACGUCUUCUAAGUCAUUAUCUAAAGGUAUCAUACAGAUCAAACAGUGUACUGAUGGAAACAGAGAUAAUCCUGUACAGGUGUUACAAUGUAUACAGUCCACUGGAGAUUAUAUGACAUCCUCUAAGUCAUUAUCUAAAGGUAUCAUACAGAUCAAACAGUGUACUGAUGGAAACAGAGAUAAUCCUGUACAGUCCACCAGAGAUUAUAUCACGUCCUCUAAGUCAUUAUCUAAAGGUAUCAUACAGAUCAAACAGUGUACUGAUGGAAACAGAGAUAAUCCUGUACAGUGUAAACUAAAUUCUGCCGAGUUUCAUCCAACCUCACAAGUGAUGCUGGUAGCUGGUAUGAAUCAGACUCUAAAUCUGUUUCAGGUUGAUGGCAAAAAUAACCCAAAGAUACAGAGUAUAUUCUUAGAGAAUUAUCCAAUAUACUCAGCUCAUUUUAGUGCCAAUGGAGAGGAGGUUAUCAUGGGGUCAAAACAUAAAGGUUUUCAUUAUUAUGACAUGAUGGUUGGGAAGAUGAUCAGUGUACCUCCUGUUAAAGGUUUAGGAGAAGUAAAUAUGAAGAGAUUUGUUGUGUCACCUGAUGGAAGAUUUAUAGCUUUCCUAGGAUUAUAUGGAAAUAUACACUUAUUAUCAGCCAAGUCAAAAGAAUGGAUCUAUACACAGAAGAUGAAUGGUAGUGUAGGUGGGGUUUGCUUUUCACAAGAUGGAAGUACAAUGUAUUCAUAUGGAGAUGAUGGUGAUGUAUAUAUAUGGGAUAUGAAGACACGUGAUUGUAUACACAGAUUUAUAGACGAUGGAUGUACAAAGGGAAUGUCUAUUGCUGUUUCUCAUGAUCAUAAUUUCUUAGCUUGUGGAUCAUAUAGUGGUGUUGUGAACAUUUACGAACCAUCAGUGUGUCUUAAAUCUAGGUCACCCAAACCAUUGAAAGCAUUAUUAAAUUUAACAACACCUUGUACGAACUUAGUAUUUAAUUCAACAUCAGAAAUAUUAGCAAUGUGUUCAGAUUCUGCAGAAAGAGCAGUAAAGUUAGUACAUGUGCCUUCACAGACAGUGUUCUCUAACUUUCCUGAUAGACUAGAUGCUAAAUUACGUAUCCCUUUGUGUAUGGACUUCUCCAGAAAUAGUGGUUAUUUUACAGUUGGAACAAACAAGGGUUUAGCCCUACUUUACAGGGUGAAGCACUACAGCAACUACUAGACAUAUCUAUAAAACAAAUAAUUGACAUGCAGGUCACCUAAAAGAAGAUAAAGAUCGGUGAACAUAAAAAAAAACCCAGAUUCAACAUGUACUUUACUGUAUAAGUCUGUUUAAGGCCUUAAAUAUUAUUUGAAACUAUGGAGAACAGACUUCCAUAAAAAAAAAUGGAGUUGAGCUUUUUAUCAAUUUACUUGAAACUGUUAGUAAUGUUAUCUUUAUGGUACGUGUAUUACAGUGACCUUUUAUAACUUAUUCUGAAUGUAGUUUAACAAGAAUAUGAAUAGUUGUUAGUAAGUGUUGAAAACUGUCUAAGACAUUUGAAACUUUCGAGCGCUUGGAAUAGUAUAAGUAUUAGAUAAUUUAUAUUGUAUGAUAAUACUUUUAUCGACAUUUGAAAUCAUAACAUCCAUGGAAGUUACAACAAGUACUUUACAAAUUGUCUGUGUAUCUGUCACAAUAUUUAACAAAUCUAAAUUAAAUGAUGUGAAAAAGU